AUGGUAUGUGAAAAUCAAUCAUUAUCUUCGGAACAAAUUAAUAAAUAUCGAGAUGUUUUUCGAUUAUUUGAUAAGAAUAACGAUGGAACCAUUGAUCAAAAUGAAUUGAAAACAGUGAUGAGAGCAUUAAAUCAUGAUCCAACUCAGACGGAAAUCGAAGAAUUAAUCGAUCAUGUUGAUAUUAAUAAAGAUGGUAAAAUUGAUUUUCGAGAAUUUAUAUUAAUCUUAGCUAAACAUUUAAAAGAUACUGAUGAAGAAUUAGAAUUAAUUGAAGUAUUUAAAAUAUUUGAUCAAGAUGGAGAUGGCAAAAUAAAUUCAAAUGAAUUAAAAUAUAUUUUGUUUACUAUUGGUGAACAAUUACAAGAUUCUCAAAUUAAUGAAAUGAUCGAAGAAGCAGAUCUUAAUAAAGAUGGUGUCAUUGAUAUUGAUGAGUUCAGGGAAUUACUCCAAUCAUGUCAAUAUAAAGUGUGA